AUGGCCACAGGCCUGUCGCCGGACCUUGUCCAGCUCAUCGUGAUGUACAUGGUCGCCGAGGCCGGCGUCGCAUCGCUCCUGUUGGCGCUGCCGCCAGCGCUGCUCACGGCGUCGUUCGCCGCGCUUCAAACCCUCUUCCGCGCGCUCUUUGCCGGCGAUUUUGUCGACGAGCUCUUCGCCGACGAUUUUGUCGACGCGACGCGUAGUAGGUCGAUGCAUUUGUCAACCCUCGUUCUUCCAGAGACGUUCGACAUCUACGACAAGCCGAUCUUGCUUGCCGCUUUCCAGGCGGCCAGCUGCUUGUAUGCGUCGCUAACCACUGACACCAGCAGCCGCGUGCCCUGGGACCUGCCUCCGCACGUCGCGAUCGAGCUGCCGCGUCGCAUUGCUCAGGCACGCCAUGUCUUUUCCCGGCUCGCGCCCUGGCACACUCGCAUCUCACUUUUGAGCGUCGAAGUGUCGUCUGUCCAUUGCCACUGGACGCGCUCGGACCUUGAGAAAUUGGCGACGCUGCUCCCGACGCUCCCCCGCUUGCGCUCGCUGCACCUCAGCUGCGAAGGCCCCUACGCGUUCGAGAUGGGCUUGGUCCUUACAGCGCUCUUUACCUUGCGCAGCCUCACGCACCUCUCGCUGACCACGAAUGUGUGGAGCGAAGCUAUAAGUCGCGUCUUUGCCGAGUGGCUGACCACGGCCCCCGUUUCGAGUCUCAGGUUGCGCGGCCGUUUUCCGAUGCAAAGCCAAGUGCAGAUUGUGGUGCGCGCGAUCCGAUCGUACCGCACGCUUCGCGCUCCAUCUCCGGUGCGCGCGAUCCGAUCGUGCCGCACGCUUCGGUCGCUGGCGCUCGAUGACACCGCGCUGGUUCGGGCCUUUGUGGCCGCCCCGCUUCCCGCGCACCUCUGCGAGCUCGAACUUGGCAUCGAUCGGCCGACGGCGGUCGACGAGCCAGUCGACAAGAUAUCCAAUGCCGUAGCGCUCCAUCUCCAUCUGGAGGCACUUGGCGUCCGCCUGGGCCUCUAUAGUCGUCCGUUGGACAUUUUGCCACUGGUGCAGUGUCUGCCGACGCUGCGGCGGCUGCGCCGACUGGAUCUUACCAACUUGGAGCUACGCCCGAUGGCGCGAGAUGCACUGUGGACGGUACUGCCGCGCCUGACAGAGCUGCGGCUUGAGAAGAGUCACCUCGGCGACGAUGGCGUUGCGGAGAUCGCUGCCGUGCUUCCUGCGUGCUACCGCUUGCGACGACUAUCGCUGAUCCGACAAGGCAUCUCGGACGUUGGCGCCCUCAUCCUUGCCCGCAGCCUGCCGCUGUGCCCGUCGCUCGCAGACGUGGACUUGACGGACAAUGUCAUUGCGAAUGACGGCGCGAUGGCCUUCUGGCCUCUCCUGCCUCGCCUCACUAUGCUCAGUCUCCGCCGGAACCGCAUCGGCAACGACGCGGCGAUGGCGUUGAGCGAGGUGCUGCGCAUCACAGCGCACAUGCGGAGCUUGGAUCUGAGCGAGAACAACGUCGGACUGCCGGCACUGCGUGCGAUCUUUACAGCGCUGCGAGACGACUCGUUCCGCGCCAGUGUCAUCAACGUCUCAGUGACGUCUAGCGACUAUGACGUGGCACGGAGCUUCGCCUUGAGUUGCUUACGAGACCCCUAUAGGGUCGGUAUCACCCGCUUGCGCUAA